GACCAUCAAAAACCUCACUUCUCCUCACUCACAACUCUCUCUCUCUCUCUCUCAACAUACCAACCACAUACACUCUCUCUCACUAAAAACCAUUCUAGAGAGAGAGAGAGUGACUGAUCGAUGAUGUCUUCCUCCGGCACCGGUAGGUACAUGGCUUUCCCGCCGUCUCCGUCACACUCCCUCCCUCAUCUCUCCGCUCUCCGUUCUCCUGCUUCAUCUGCCAUCGCUGAACAUGACAAAUAUUUAAGUGAGUUAUUGGGAGAGCGUCAGAAGAUUAGUCCGUUUAUGGCUGUGCUUCCUCAUUGCUAUCGAUUGUUAAACCAAGAAAUACUGCGUGUAACAACAAUCUUGGGGAAUGCGUCAUCAGUAUUAGGUCAAAGUGGGCUUGAGCAUGGUAGUCCCCUGGCUACCGGCGGAAUGUUCUCCAAGGGAAGUGCUGAUCCGAACGGAUGGGUAUCACGAUUUCAAUCAGAAAUGCCAAGUUUGAUACAGUCCUCACCAACACCAAGCUGGCUGAGUCCUCAAAGUAGCUCGUCUGGUCUUCUUGUUAAAAAGACGAUCAGAGUGGAUAUACCCGUGGAGACAUUUCCUAACUUUAACUUUGUUGGUCGCCUCCUAGGCCCGAGAGGAAACUCUCUGAAGCGCAUGGAAGCAAACACUGAGUGCCGUGUCUUGAUCAGGGGCCGAGGUAGCAUUAAAGAUACGGCUAGGGAGGAAAUGAUGAGAGGUAAGCCUGGGUAUGAGCAUCUGAAUGAACCUCUCCAUAUUCUAGUCGAGGCAGAAUUACCGGCUGAAAUAAUCGAUGCUCGUCUGAUGCAGGCACGUGAAAUACUUGAAGAUUUGCUUAGGCCUGUGGAAGAAUCUCAUGAUUUCUACAAGAAGCAGCAGCUUCGUGAACUUGCGAUGAUCAAUGGCACUCUUCGCGAGGAGGAUUCUCCCAUGUCUGGUUCUGUUUCGCCUUUCAACAACAGCCUUGGCAUGAAAAGGGCCAAGACCAGAGGGUAAAUUUCUCUAAAGGGUGAGUGAGAGGAUUUGGAGCUUGUGUUAAUUUUCUACAACAGCAUUUACCAUUGUCAGAGGUGAUGCCGUUAUCAAAUGCCCUAAAACUGCGUUCGGGGCACUGGCACCAUAGGGUCAGUUUUAUGUGCAGUGUGUUUACAUUCAGGUUUAAAAAUGGUAGCACAUAGUACAGUAUAAUGGUCUGCUAGAGUUUGGUGAAUUUGCUUCGUUUUUUUUUGUCCGUUCGUUAGGCUGUUUGGUUUCAUAUUUAUUAAUUAUGUUUAUAUUAUUAUCAUUAUUACUUUCAUA